GUGACGCGGAAGGCCUGACCGUGAAUGGCAGGUAUGAAGGUGGUGGUAAGGGCGAGUUGUACGUCAGCUAUGAGGGAGAUCAUCGCGUGUUGAGAUUCUUGGAAGGGGUCGGCUCGCCGAGGAGCACGAAUUUGAAUGUAUCGAACCUUCUCACUAACUGCCCAAGCAAUGGUGGACUGGAGGCCAUACUCAAGCAACGCAGGGACGGCUUACUACUAAUGCUAUGCGAGGAGCCUCCCAUCUCGUCCACUACAGAUCCACAGGAUCGGAUGGUCCUGCCAGGCUGGGCGUACAAUGAGAGCUCCAAUGAGGUGAAGCGCUUCUUCGUUGAGUCUAAUCAAUCUUUCUUUCCGACGGACUUUGGAGAGCUCAACAAUGGUGACCUUAUGAUCCUCUUCAGAAGCUACCUUAGAUUCGUCCCGAAUGAGGGUAAUGGGAUGAGGAUAGGGUAUAUCACGAAGCCAGAGCUACAAGAGGUCCUCGCUAAAGGGGAGACUAUCAAGCCAUUCAUUAUUGCGGAGAUCUUUUCAAGAGAUGGGUAUAAUAUUGAUAAUAUGGAGGGUCUGGCCGUCCGAGGGGAUCCACGUACAGGACGUAUAUUCGUCUACCUUGUCAGCGAUAAUAACUACAACGAA